GGUACGGUGUGGUAAAGCGCGCGGCCGUCGCAUCGUCAGUGGAAAAUCCGGUGCAUUGACAAGUGCUAUGCGAGCGCCACCUGCUUCGACGUAAGAGGGCCACCCCAGGACUAAACUGCUUAGCUGAAUUUCAUCGAAAUUUGCCCAGCACCAUGUCUGAUAAUACAUCCGAGGGUUGACUCUGAAAGUGGAUUCAAUUCCAGUGAAAAAAAAAACACUGAUCGUACCUCGUUGGGGAUGUCAGCUGCGAGGAGCUACGUGUACGUGUACGUACGCGUGUACAUUGUAGUUCAGGUAACAGCGGCGGCUAUGAGCGCCUUGUACCGUGUGAUGAUAUGUUGAGUCGCGCUCGGUCCUAAUCUAUCUCGCUUGAAUGCACGGAGUUUUUUCCGCUGUUGCGGGUCAAACACCCGAUUGAAACGGUCGUGUGCGUCCCAUCGCCGGUCUUGUCAGUGUCAGCUAAGCCUAGCAAGUUGUUUCUGUUUGCAGGAUAGGUCUAGGCCUUUAUGUUAGAAGAACAAAAGUAAAGCAUUUGAGGUGCAGUCGGACAGAGUGUUGUUCUUAUCGUAGACGUCUGCACCGUUCGGAAGGACUGACGUACAUGUACAUCAUGGCUGAAAGUCCGACAGAGAAGACCCACAUUGCAAGUAAUGAGCUCCCAAUCCUUAACUCUCUUCAGAUGACCUCCAUGGCUACCCACGACACCGCCCAGCUGGUGGAGAAGGGGGCAGAGGCCAGCGGAGACUCAGAUCAAAAGAGCCAGGAGGAUCGCAGUGGCAUCCCUGGCGCUAGCUUCAAUGUGGCCAAUAGUAUCCUGGGAUCUGGAAUCAUAGGAUUGCCAUACGCGAUGAAAAAGGCUGGCCUACCAUUUGGGAUCCUUCUUUUGAUGUUCAUUGCAGCAGUGACAGACUACUCCCUCUUGUUGCUGAUCCGCGGCGGGGAGCUGUCGGGGACUAACACCUACCAGGGCCUGGUGCAAGCUUCUCUGGGCAGCCCCGGCUUCUACUUCCUGUCGUUCAUCCAGUUUGCAUAUCCAUUUGUAGCCAUGGUUGGCUACAACGUAAUCAUCGGAGACACCAUCACCAAGGUUUUUGAGCGAAUACUAAGUGCUGACCAUGUGCUAGCCAAUCGCUACUUCAUCAUCAGCAUCAUCACUGUGCUCAUCUCCCUGCCAUUCUCGCUGUACCGCAAUGUCUCCAAGCUGGUCAAGGUGGCAGUCGUGUCCAUUGUCCUACUCGCAGUUCUCAUUGUCAUCAUCUUCAUCAGGAUGGGGACCUUACACAUUCCAAGCACAGAUGGAGCCUGGAACUUUGCCAAUCUGCAGUUCACAGAGUCUGUCGGCAUCAUAACAUUUGCCUAUAUUUGCCACCACAAUUCCUUCCUGGUCUACUCUUCCUUGGAGACGCCCAACCCCCACAGCUGGUCAAAGGUCACGCACAUCGCCGUCAUUCUGGCCACUAUCUUCUCCGCUUUGGUCGGCAUCGGCGGAUAUGUGACCUUCACGGGAUACACCCAAGGUGAUGUCUUGCAAAAUUACUGCCAUAUAGACGACCUUGCCAAUGUGGCUCGUGUCGUGUUUGCUAUCACCAUUGUCUGCACCUACCCACUGGAAUGCUUUGUCUGCCGAGAGGUGAUGGAGAAUUUCAUCGUACAUCACGGCUGGGCCAGCUCCCCCCAGCCCAUGACCCGCCAUCUCAUCCUAACACUAGUGCUGGUUGGCCUGACGCUAGGACUGUCCAUGAGCACCUCUUGUCUUGGUAUCGUCUUGUCCAUCAAUGGUAUCAUUGCAGCUGUUCCACUGGUCUUCAUCCUCCCCACGUUGUGCUACAUCCGGCUGCAGGAGGGCCACUGGUACUGUCGGGAGAAGGUGCCCUCCAUCCUCAUCUGUGUGUUUGGCUUCCUGGUCUGCAUCUUUGGGAUUGUCACCAUCUGUGUGGACCCGUCCAGCACCCACUGUCACAGCCAGGACCUGGACUACUGUCUUGCGGUGAAUGAGACGUCCGUCUCUCUUCUGCCGACGACGGAGAUGAGUCCCACCUCCUGGAUGUACACAACCGCAACAUGAUUGAAACAGUCCUAGGUAGCGAUCGGUAUAGAAGGAAAAAACGCAAAUAGGUAAUUAUGUAAGUGUGGAAAUGUUCAUGCUGUUUGUCUGUGCUCUAUGCACUAAUUUAGCUUGUGGCACAAGUUUGCUUCAGAAUCUUGGCAACUGUGGACAUUAUUUUGUUCUUUCGAAAAUUUGAGAGUUGCUUGGCAGAAAACAUGGCUUUGCAAGCCAACCUCCACUGUCAAAAUCAGCUGGGAACCAAUCUCUGGCUACACAGAUCGCAUGGUAUUUUGGCCGGUACAUGUAGCCUCUUUGGCGAAGGAAUCUUUCCUGCGCUUGGCCAAUUUGUUUGCCCUGAGCAGUGCCAUGGAAUGUACCCACAAAACAUACUCUGAUGAAGUUUUACCCCAGAGCUUUGUGACCCGCUCUGUGACACUCUCUAUGACCUGCUCUGUGACACUCUGUGAAAAAAAAAAAUCGUCCACAUCUUUCAUCUCUGGUGACUUCUAACUCAUUUUCCUACGGCUAAGUCCAUUCGAAUAAUUCACUAUUCGAAGAUGUGACCUUCAGUUUGAUUGAAUCAGAAUAUUUGGUCGUACCAACCGGCAGAUUGUUGCUCAAAUCAUGUACAAAAUCAGUUGCAAUAACGCACUC